AUGUUAUCGAUUUUAUUCCUCAUUAUUGUUUGUACUACACCAAUUUUUAUUAUAGGUUUGGGUUUGGGUGAGUUGUUAGGUCUUUAUUUUUUAUAAAAAUAAAUUAUUUCCAGAAGUCUACAUUCCUAAAAUCAUCACAAUAAUCUGCGCCGUCUCUCUAGUCACCCCUCUCUUGACGUCAUUCCUCGACGCUCUUCUCUGCCUACACCGUCUUAUCCGCUUCUACGGAAAAGAUGAAAGAAAUUUUGUGGCAACCGGGCAACUAUAUCAAAAACUAUCCAACUAUUCCUAUCCUCUGAGUUUUAUUCUAAUGACCCCAUUCUUGAUGCUUAUAUCAUUUUUGUCCAUUCUCUAUCAAUUAAGCGAAAAUUAUCAUGGGUGGAAUUUGGUGUGCUUUAUUACUGAUAACGGACUCAAAUUCAUAUUUUCCAUCUUCUCAUUCAUCGGAUAUCUAUCGAUUUUGAUGAAUCUUCAUGAAAAAACUCGAAAUAGUAUUGUUAAGCGGGAAGAUAGUCUAGUUAUUCGGCAAGCUUUGCCAAUUGCUAGUUUUCAACUGGUAAGUGCAGUUGACAAUAUGUUAAAAAGUUUUUAAAAACAUUUAUAGAUGACAGCUUGCGUUCAAUGCCUAAUGGAACUACCAAUAAUCCCCUAUCGGAUUGACCCGGUUUACCGGCUUCUUAUGGAUUUGUGUUUUUCAUGUGCUUGCAGUAAGUUGUUAGAGGCUUAGGACGACCUCGUUAAAAUAAUUUUGCAGGCAUCGUUGUGCCCCUUUCAAUUCUCUUUGGCAGCACAGAGAAGCGCAAGAUCUUUCUAUCCACGUUAUGCUGUUGUUGCUGUUGUCCAUGCCGGCGCACACAAACUGCGCAACACCAACAACAACAGCCCCCUAAACCAACCCAGCGCAAGGCAAGUGUUAGUAUCAACGAGGAUCAAUCAAGAAUAUAA